AAAUCCUAUUCCUAUUACCUAUAUUUAUUAUCUUGUUAUUUGAGCACCUUGUAAAAAAUAUUAUGAAAUUGAUUAGUAAAUGGACAUGCUGUUCAUUAUUGAACUGUUUUUAAGUUUACAUUAUAAUUUGUACCUAAUUUUAAAAUAAUGAAUUUCAAGAUAACUAAUGGCUUUGGCUAUAUAGUUUGAAAUUUUUCUCUUAAGGUCCAAGAAGCAAAAAAGUGUGUAAAAAUGGCAGAAUCACAAAUAGCAAACAUUGUUAAUGAAAUACUUGUCCAAGAAGCAAACAAGUGUGUAAAAAUGGCAGAAUCACAAAUAGCAAACAUUGUUAAUGAAAUACUUCAUGUUGAAGCUGUAGAAGAAGCUUUCAGCUGUUUCUUAGUACAUCAACCUGGCCAGGAUAUUGAGAUUUUAAAUAUGCAUCUUAAAAAGUUUUCUGCUAUAAUGGCUAGUGCAACUGCAGAGUAUCAAGAUACAAUUAUCCGCAAGUACUUGGCCCUGACUGCGGUUUUAACCAACUCUAGGCACAUGAAGAAACUAAUCAUCCUUUUGGAAAACUUAGUAAACACAAAUGUUAUUCAAGCAAGGAUGCUAUGCGAUAGUAUACUUUCGUGUGAGAGACUAAAAUAUCAAAAUGCUGAGUUUUGGAUAGAGUGCUUCAAUUUAAUGAGAAGAAUAAUUGGUGGUGUUGAUUAUAAAGGAGUUCGAGAUGUUAUGAAGGGUUGUCGAGACAAAGCUCUCACAUUACCAGUAAAAUUAAGUACCAGUACAAUGCCACAAAUGAAGGCUGUGUAUAACAUACUGGAAUAUAUUUUUGACCGAAAUGCAUCGCUUUUACCUGCAUAUUUCAUAGUGACGGAGAUACAAAAAGAUUAUCCUGACAACAGGCAUUGGCCGCACUGGCAACUAGCAAAACUAUUUACAAAAUUUGUGGAAAGUUUUAAGCCGUGUGCUCAAAUGGUAACAAUAAUUGGUCACUCAAAAAUGUUGCCAAUAGUUGAAUUCUCCUGUUACGCGGACCACCUUGUAAAUCCAUGGCGGCUUGAUCCCACAACAUUGAAGUUUUGCUUAAAAGGAAAUUUGCCAUAUGACGAUGAGCUGUUUAAGCCUCAGAUUGAUUUGUUAAAACAUGUUUUACAACAGCCGUAUUCGCGUGACACGAUGUGUUCGAUGCUAGGUCUUCAAAAACAGCAUAAACAGAGAUGUAUAGCAUUGGAGGAUCAAUUGGUUGAGCUAAUGAUAUUGCCAAUGGAACGGGGCGACCAAGAGAACGAUGAAGACGAAAUGUCGUCGACGCAUUGGUGCUGGCUACAUUUAUCGUCACAAGUUAUUUAUUUAAUAUUGAUUGGUUUUGCCUCAUUUCCAAAUAUAGUAAUGGGGUUGCAUAGCAAGUUGAUAGGGCAGGAUAUGAAGAAAGGUAGGGACCAUCUGAUGUGGGUGUUGCUUCAAUAUAUAUCUGGUAGCAUACAAAGGAAUCCACUGUCAACCUUUUUGCCGAUUAUCAAAUUGCAUGAAUUGCUCUACCCUGAGAAGGAGCCGCUUCCGGUACCGGAUUGUACAAAGGCAUAUUGUACCCAUCAGUUAGCUGUACUUUCCAUUUGGAUGCAUUUGUUGAAGAAAGCGGAGUCUGAACAUAAGACUAUGGUGAUGCCGCAGAAUUUGAAGCUUCAAUAUGAAUUUCUUCAACACCUCAUGUCGUCAAACAAUGUCCCAUCACUCAUAGGCUCGGACUACCGAAUAGCGCUUUUGUGUAACGCAUACUCAACGAACCAGGAAUUCUUUGCCCGACCAAUGGGUAUAAUGAUUGAGACAUUGCUGGGUAACCAAAAGGCGUUACCCAACGGGAAUCCCUCCACACCGUUACCCACUGUACCAUUAUCUAUGUGUAUACUGGACAGUUUGACACUACAUUGCAAAAUGUCAUUGAUACAUUCUAUUGUGACUCAUGUAGCGAAAUUGGCACAGAAUAAAACCAAUUUACCCAAUAUGAUGGCUCCGGCCUUGGUGGAGACAUACAGCCGCUUGUUGGUGUAUACAGAAAUUGAGUCGCUUGGCAUUAAAGGGUUUAUAAAUCAACUGUUGCCGAACGUAUUCAAAUCUCACGCUUGGGGAAUUCUCCAUAAUCUACUGGAUAUGUUCUCAUAUCGGAUUCAUCACUUUCAGCCUCACUAUCGAGUGACAUUGCUGUCAAACAUACACUCACUCGCUGCUUAUCCACAAGCGAAUCAAACUCAACUGCAACUAUGUUUUGAGAGCACAGCCCUCCGACUUAUAACUAGCCUCAGUAGUUCAGGCGUUCAAAUGCAAAUGUCCCGAGUUGUGACUGAGCCGAAGUCACUCGUGUCAAGCGAGAGUGAAGAGCUCAACCGAGUGCUUGUUCUCACUCUAGCACGUGGAAUUUAUAUGAGUGGUGCGGGUAGUGAUAGUGCUGCAGUUAAAGAGUUGCUCACGACGAUUAUGACAAACACACCACACAUGUGGUCACAGCACACGCUGCAAUGUUUCCCGCCGGUUCUUGUCGAAUUUUUCACACAGAACCCUGCUACAAAGGAAAACAAGCAGGUCCUAAAGAAGUCAGUUGAGGAGGAGUAUCGUAAAUGGACAUCGAUGGCAAACGAUAACGAUAUAAUAUCACAUUUCUCGGUUCCCGGAACGCCGCUUUUCCUCUGUCUCCUUUGGAAGAUGAUUUUUGAGACGAAUCGAAUUAAUCCGAUUGCGUUUAAAAUUCUGGAGCGUAUUGGAGCUAGAGCUCUGUCAGCGCAUUUAAGGAAAUUCUGCGAUUAUUUAAUGUUCGAAGUGACGAAUCCAGCCGGGGGCCCUCAUAUUAACAAAUGUGUCGAAGCAAUCAACGAUAUUAUUUGGAAAUAUAACAUCGUUACAAUAGAUCGUCUGGUUUUGUGUCUAGUAUUACGACCGAACCCAGACGGAAAUGAGAGUCAGGUGUGUCUCUAUAUUAUACAACUUUUGUUGCUAAAAGGUUCGGAAUUGAGAAAUAGAGCGCAAGACUUUUUUAAGGAGAAUUCGCCAGAACAUUGGAAACAGAAUAAUUGGUAUGAAAAGCAUUUAGCAUUCCAUCGUAAAUACCCAGAGAAGUUUGCCCCAGAAGAGGCAGGUGGGGCGUAUGGGGCACCAAUACCCGUUUACUUGAGCAACGUGUGUUUACGAUUCAUACCUGUGUUAGAUAUAGUCGUACACAGGCAUUUAGAAAUCCCACAAGUUUGUAAGAACCUGGAACAGCUGCUGGAACACCUGGGGCAUCUUUAUAAGUUUCAUGAACGCCCAGUAUCAUUCCUAUACAACACAUUACACUACUACGAAACGAAAUUACGGGAUAAGCCACUAUUGAAACGGAAACUCGUGUCCGCUGUUUAUGGAGCAUUGAAGGAAGUGAGGCCGGCUGGUUGGGCGACCACCGAAGCCUUCCAGAAUUUCCUUCCCGAUCCGAAUAAGGACAGAACACCGCAGAAUUUGGACACUGAGUUCUUGGCUUGGGCUCCGGAAUUGAAUUACUAUUUGAGCUUGGUUACACGGAUGGUUGACACAAUGACUGGCCAUUCACAUUUCCCAAUCACCGAUUGGCGCUUCAACGAGUACCCAAAUCCCUCAGCUCACUGUUUGUAUGUCACGUGCGUCGAACUCAUGACCCUUCCAGUACCACCCGCUGAUGUAGCCAAUAACCUAUUGGAUGUGGUUACUAAAGGUUUCAUAGUAAUCCCAGCGACAAAGAUUCAACUUUGGAUAAAUGCCAUAGGAAUCAUCAUGGCGUCUUUACCCGAAGCCUACUGGAUUGUAUUAUACGACCGUAUAGUUGAACUAACAACAGCUUCCGAUAUGGUUGAAUGGUCAAACGAGUACACCCCUUUUCAGCUGUUUAACCUAAAAAUGACGAAUUAUGCGAUGUUGGAGAACAAAUUCAGUUUGACUUUGGCGUUGACACACGCGUUUUGGUACCAUGCUGGCGCGGGCCUUAUCACGCAGAUGCCUACUUUUGUCAAAGAGAGACUGUCUCCCGAGAUCCAUACAGAAUCCCAAUUGAUCUAUCUCUGCCACCUGGUUGGUCCAUUCCUGCAGAGAUUUAACUCGGAUAUAUCUAGAGCUGUCAUGGAGAUCACUCUACUUUUAUAUGAGCUGUUGGCUCAUGUGGACAAGACUCAGGCGCAUUUGGACUUUAUUGAUCCAAUUUGUGAUUUACUAUAUCACAUAAAAUACAUGUUCGUGGGUGACACGUUGAAGAACGAACUUGAAACGGUUAUUCGUAAACUUCGUCCCGCUUUGCAAAUGCGUUUACGCUUCAUUACACAUUUGAACGUUGAAGAAAUCUUCUAGCAGCACGACUACUACAGCUAUACGCCUUCUAGCUCGAGUUCGAGCUCAGAAUAAGUAUGCUGUAGUAAUAUUCUACGAUUGUUAUAACGAAACAUCACAAGAAUCAUAGUUCGAUUUCCAUUAGAAACGAAGCGUUUGUUUAAUCAAAAGUAUUAACAUGGAAUAAAUAAAAACGAUUGGAAGGGAGUUCGGUUGAAUUCUGUUCUAGUUAUGAUGUCGUCUACUUUAUCAGUACAAAAUCUGUGAACAUUUGCGGCAAGCUUGCGGUGCAUACACAGCUCUUCCAUCCGUAUUUACAUAUUCCAUUGAAGCAUUGAUCUCAAACGAAUGAACGAUUUAGAUUUUAAUUAUAUUUGGGAAUCGAAAAUUCGAUUAUCCAUUGGUUACGAAGUUUCCAUUUAAGUCAUUGGAAAAGCGAUAAUACGCAUAAAGAUACUUUCCUUUGAAUUGGGAAAUAUUGUCAAAUAAUAAAACGAACAUUACCAAACGAACUUGAGUCGGUAUAAAGAAUGUUUUGCCUUUAAUUAUAAUAAAUUUGUAAUGCUUCAGAGACGUUAAAUGCAGUCUAAGACGUUUUCGUAUUGUUAAACUUACAUUGGAAAUAUACUGUGGUGAGUGUGUGAGUGUGUUGCAUAAAUGCAUUGCUAUAGAAAAAAGGUUAUGUCGAACUAUAGGGACAUUACCUACCCUCGUCCCUGGUGACCCCUUUAAAGUAUAGUAUACGAAAAAAUCUCUAAAUCUUAACAAAGGAAGGAGUCAAGACUAAAAACAUCGCACCAACGAGAAUGAUCAGAGAGCGAGGUUUUAUUCCGAUAUAGAGACAACACAAGCUUUUGACGUACUGGAGUCAUACAAUUCGAAAUCUGAAACUUAAGCAAGAUAAAACAUUCAAUAAAAUGAUUAAAUGAAAUGAAUGCUUUCUACGAAAGUAAUAGUAGAUCAUUAAUAAUAAACCAUAAUUGUAAGAAUACUUAACUUUUUUUUAAAUUAAAAUAGAUUAUAGACUUUUGGUCGACAACAGGGUACAAAUGUCACGAAAUUCAUCACAUUGACAGAAAAAUUAUAUUUAAAUAUGCUUUUUAUGUAUGAACAAUUAUGAUCAAUUUUUUGCUAUUAUUAUUAUUAUAUACGUUUUUGAAUAAGGGGUGAGAUCAAAUAUUUUAGUGUAUAAGCUAUGUUGUAAAAUAUUUUUGUUUCUUAUCUACUUGAUGGAGAUAAGAAACAAUAGAGAAAUAAUUAAUAUUUUUUGGUAUAUUAUUGUGCUUGUAUAUCAUUCAAAGACAAGAUACUUCGGAUAAACUUGUCUCUGGAUCGAUUUGUCAAUGUCAAUCUACGAGUGACUAUACUAUGGAAAUGUUACGUUUCAAUUACGCUUUAAAUAUUUCAAGGAUUUAUCCUUAAGAAACCGUUGUACAGUUUAAAUGUAGUGGUAGUAGCGUGAACAAAGCCUUUAGCUUUAU